AUGUGGGUUCAGUGGGUAGACAAAUACUAUAUGAAAGGUCAGGAUCCACUGACUUGUAAUGUUCCUAAUACUUGUUCUUGGGCUUUGAAGAAUAUUUUGGGUUGCAGAACCUUUAUUCAGCAGAUUGGUGGGUGGAGCAAUUCUACUCAUAAUGGCAAAUACUCUAUCAGUAAAGUUUAUAGAGGGCUGCAAGGUGAUCAUACUAAAGUUCCUUGGAGGAGAGUGAUUUGUAAUAAUCAUGCAAGUCCUAGAAGUAUUUUCAUCACUUUGCUAGCUGUUCUUAACAGAUUAUAUACUGCUGACAGAAUUCAGGCUUGGGGUAUCAACUGUAGUGAUGUGUGUGUUCUUUGCAAUUCUGGGAAGGAAACUGUUGAGCACCUGUUCUUUGAGUGCCUAUUUUCUGCUGCUGUUUGGCAGAGAGUUUUGAGAAGCAUUGGGAUCUCUAGAAGAGGGAAUGGAUUUGCUAGUGAGCUAAAUGUAGUUGUUAAGAGGAGCAGGAAGACUAGUGGUUGCUCUGUGCUUUAUGUAAUGUGCUUCACUGAGACUGUUUAUCAUAUCUGGCUUGCUCGAAAUGUUGUUGUUUUUAGACAGACUAGGAGAUCUAUUGAUAGUAUUGUUAAAGACAUUCUCUUUAGAGUGUGCUGCAGAUGCUCUGAUGAUCUUAGAAGUAGAGCAGAGUAUGUUUAG